GCAAACGAGGCGUGAUAAAGAGGGGCUCCGGUGCCCAGGGCUUGGCCGCAUCGACACUCUCCCCUCACCACCACAGCUGCGGCUCACGGCUACGCAGCCCGCUCCCCCUCCUCCCCUGCCCCUCCCCCUCCUCUCCGAUUGCGUCAAGGGUUCGUCCCGAAUCGAUCGACGACUGACUCCGCUAGGGUUCGGCCAGAUCGCCGCUUCGUCCUCCCCCCCGCGGGGCUUCCCCCCCGACACGAUGUCCGACCGGAGCUCGCCGGCCGCGCCGACGUUCUUCCCCUUCGGCCCGCAGGCCGAGGUGCGAGACGUCACAUUCAAGGUCAAAUACGGUGACACUCUUAAGAGGUUUUAUGGUUGUGUCAAUGGAGCUCAUUUGGACAUGAAUUUAUCUGCUCUGCGGGCAAAGAUAGCAACUGCCUUUAAGUUCGGUCCUGAUGCUGACUUCAUUCUGACUUACACCGAUGAGGAUGGUGAUGCUGUCAUGCUAGAUGAUGAUGAUGACCUGCGUGAUGCAGCUCUGCGUCAGAAACUAAACCCUCUGAGGAUUACUGUUCAGCUAAAGAAAAGUCAACCAACUGAACAAAAGGAGAGAAAUUCUACACCUGUGAAGCCUACUGCUCAGGAUCCACUGUCCCAGAUAAUGUCAGCUAUCGAAGGUUUGAAACCUGCUCAGGAAGAAAGUCUGGCACAUAUAAAAUCAGCUAUAGGUGAAGCUAUCAAGUCUAUCCCAGAGCCAAUUCCUGAUGCCAUUGCAAAACUCUCUCAUGAAGUACUUGAUGCGGCACCACCACCAUUAGCUGAGCUGAUGAAACCUUUUGUGCAAAUGAUGGCACCAAGCAAUGGUGGCAAUGGACCAUCUGAUGCACAUGCUGAAGGGUCAUCCACCUCUUCUACUCGUGUGGCAGAGGAUGCUCCUGUUGCUGUUCCUGCCACAGCUAAGCCCAAAGCUAAGGCAUGUUUGGAUCUUAGGAGUGUGUUAAAGGAUGCUCCUGUUGCUGCUCCUAGUGUUGAGGCUUCUCAAGGUCAGCAACCAUCAAUGUACCCAUCUGUUGAGGAGUUGCUGUUCCCCAGUAAUUCAGUUGACAAACCUGUUUGCAAAGGGAAGAUUGAUGCUCAAAGUAAGGGCAAAUCUGUUGCGUCCUCUGCCACUCAGCCUGCCUCCCCGCAUGCUGUUCCCAUUCAUGUUCCACCUCCACCUCCUUGUGUUUCUGAAUUGUUCCGUCCACGAAGGAGCCAACCACACCAGUGGCAAUCUGAAAAUAAUACAAAAGUCACUAGUGAUUCCAGAUGGCGCAUUCCAAUGUAUAAAGUUCCCUAUGCACCACCUGCAGCAGUGUCUCAUGCACCACCAGGCUAUGGACCUUCUCCACAUUUUCCUUAUCCAGGCCGUCUCUUGUCUUCUGGGCAUCCAUAUGGAGAUCUUGCUGGCAAUAUGGAGAACUCAGCACCACGUAGUCUCCAUAGAUGGAUUCAGUGUGAUGGUUGUGGAGUACAACCAAUUGUUGGUCCACGUUUCAAAUCUAACGUGAAAGAAGACUACGAUUUGUGCAAUUCCUGUUUCCAGCGCAUGGGAAAUGAAGUUGAGUACACCAAAAUAGACAAGCCUAUUUUACCACACAGGUUACUGAGAGAUCCUCAUUCGUAUCGAAAGGUGCACCACCCACGGGUUGUGAUGAAGUCGAAACGGGAGAAACUUGAAAGUCGCUUCAUUUUGGAUGUAACUGUCCUGGAUGGCACACUGAUGACACCUUCUACCCCGUUUACUAAGAUUUGGCGCAUGCAUAACAAUGGGUCUAUCGUGUGGCCAUUGGGCACACAGCUUAUCUGGGUCGGUGGAGAUCAGUUUGCAUUGCAGACCUCUGUUCCAUUAGAGAUUCCAGUCAAUGGGUUUCCUGUGGAUAAGGAGAUUGAUGUUGCUGUUGAUUUUGUGGCACCCACAAGGCCUGGGAGGUACAUAUCUUACUGGAGGUUGGCAUCACCUUCUGGUCAGAAAUUUGGUCAGCGAGUUUGGGUUCAUAUUCAGGUGGAAGAUCCUUCCUUUGUUAAUGACAAUAACAGGAACACUGCUAUUAAUCUGAAUCUGCCACCAGAAGGCAGUAGUGCAAACACAACUAGCCUAAUUGAUGUGAACAUUGAGCCUGUUGACCCAGCCCUUAGUGCACAUGCCAAACGCACUAAAGAGUUCCACUUCUAUCCGAGUGAUGUUCCAGAGCCCAAGAAAUCUCAGCCUGCUCUAGUAGUUGCUACCUCUAUGCCUGCAGCAGCUCCUGCAAACCUUGUCGUUGAUGUUCCCAUGUCCAGUGCCACUGCUGCUGCUUUUGUGCCUUCUGUUAGUGUGCCUGCACCUGCACCUGAGCUGCUUGCCCCGGUUGGACCUUCACCUGUUAAUGUGCCUAUCCUGCCUACAACUGUGCCUGUUUCUAUGCCUGCCCCUGCAUCCGCACCUGCAUCUGCCCCUGCCCCUGCUUCUGUGCCUGUGCCUCCACCUGCAGCCAGCGCCGCAGCACCUGAGCCUUUUGACAUAGAUGGUCACAAUGAAGAGAAGCUGCUGAGGGAGCUGGAGGAAAUGGGCUUUAGGCAGAUUGAUCUGAACAAGGAAAUCCUUAGGCAGAACAAUUACAACCUGGAGCUGUCUGUGGAUGAUCUGUGUGGCGUCAACGAAUGGGAUCCCCUCCUUGCAGAGCUGGAGGAGAUGGGUUUCGAUGAUACUGAGAUGAACAAGGAGCUGCUCGCAAAGAACGGGGGAAGCAUCAAGCGAGCUGUGAUGGACCUCAUCGCCAGGGAGAAGAAGGACAAGUGAAGAUCGUGUGCCUGUGCACAUAGUUAUCUAAUAUCUACGCGUAAAUAAUGAGACUGCUGUACCCCUAUGGUGCAGCUAUCACGUCUCAGUGCUUGCUUAUCUAAAGACUACUUUAUAUAUGUCAUGCUUGUGGUGUGUGGUGUCGAUGAACUCGUAGUAUUUGGCUAUUUGCGCGUGCGCGCUUCAGCAAAGCAGUUACCCUGCCAGAUGAACUGCUUGUAUGGACUUGCUGUUCUGCCUUGCAUCUGUGACCGAGAUGUCCAAACAUAUUAUGAUGCACGGACCUCUGCGGAUGUGUAUGUUUCAUUGCUUGCUCUGCAGUCCGUGUAAAUUGUAUGAUCUGGGUGCCUUGUCUGAGCUGCAGGGUGCAACAUCACAAAAGAACUGAAUUUAGUAAAACAUGUUUUCAGAGGAUUUUAGGAAAA